CGCCCACGAGGGUGGUAGAGAAAGGAUGGCUGGCAGCAGUGAGAAGACCAAUGCGGAGGUGGGAUCGAGGACUAGGGGCCAUUUGCCGUUGAAAUAUAAGCACCGGGCAGGAGAACCACCAGAGACCUGAAGGAAGCAUGGGGAGUCACGGAGACCUCUCAGAAACCUAGUUAAAUGAACUGCACCAGACACUUGCAAGAGCUUCCAGAUGGGAGAAGGGAGGACAAGAAGAGAUCAGAAAAAGGUCUUUGGGCCUUCAGUGUGAAGAACUCUUUAGUGAUGGAGGUGAUCAGUGCAAGAAAGAUAAAGACAGAAGAAGAACUCACAGAGAACAUCGGGCUUCCCGUGAAUGUGCUUGAGAAACACAGCCCUUGGCCAGCCUAUGUCACAUAUGUGUCCCCGAUGGUGAAAAGACUCAUUGAGAAAAGCAAAGCUAGAGAUCUGGAAUGCAUGCAAGCACUCGAGGAAAGCCAACGGACAUCGAGGCAGAGCAAGCCAGCCAGCAUCACUCAGCUGAAAAGGAGAAAGUCAUCUAAGUGCUCUGGAACCUUGGUGUCGAAGGACGUGGGGUCAGAGACCAUGUUCUCCAUGUGGAGCUCAUACUCCAUGCCGGCCGUGGGUCCUACCACUAUCUCAGAGCCAAGGCACUUUCAUACGGAUGCCAGCGAAAAUCCCACUGCAAACUAUAACAAGAUCAUCUUCUCUCGAAAACUCAUGACGAAGAUGCUUCCAUACAGCUCCCUUCUAGCCAGCAAGGAGAAACAUUCAAAUAUUUAGCAGGGAGUCCCUGCUGUCACCCCCCGCUCCCGCUCCUCCGCCCAAGAUUGUACAGCAAUUAAGCUCCAUUUGUCGCAAA